AUGUCAUCCAAGCCGAAAAGCAAAAAGCAACAAUUAAACUCUUAUGCUCCUGCAUUGUUGGAGCAAAAAGAUGUUUGGAUCAAUGGCAUCCUUCCGUUUGUGGGCAUGGGUCAGUAUGCCUUUGUUGGAGCCGUCAACAAGAAGAUGAAUCACCUCUACAAGGAGUACUGUGAUUCUGUGGAGGAUCCUCCAAUGGUACAGAAUCAUCAAAAUGGUAACAAAAUCCAAGCAACCAGCACAGUCACAACCUACAGUGCUGCUUUCUACAAUGAGUCCACAGCAGAAUUAUGGCUCAGUGACAAUUCCGACACUAAAUUGCCUCAGCAUGACACAGUGUGCACAGCCAUUGCCAAGCAUGGAAACCUUAGAGUCAUUCAGUGGGCCUAUGAGAAAGGAUUUCCAUGGAAUAAAGAUACAUGUGCUGUGGCAGCCAAGGGUGGGCAUCUUGAUGUUUUAAAAUGGUUGCGUGAAAAUGGUUGCCCAUGGGACAUUGAUACUUGUGCUGCUGCAGCCAAGGGUGGGCAUCUUAAUACAUUGAAAUGGGCCCGUGAAAAUGGCUGUCCAUGGAAUGUGGGCACUUGUGCAGAGGCUGCUGCAGAGGCUGCUGCAGGUGGGCAAUUGGAAAUACUGAAAUGGGCACGUGAACAUGGCUGCCCGUGGAAUUCACAUACUUGUAACUAUGCUGCCGGAAGUGGACAUUUGGAAAUACUGAAAUGGGCACAUCAAAAUGGCUGCCCCUGGAAUGAAUUCACUUGUGCAUAUGCUGCAGGAUGUGGGCACUUGGAAAUACUGAAAUGGGCACAUCAAAAUGGUUGCCCUUGGAGUGAAUUCACUUGUUCAAAUGCUGCUGGUGGUGGCCAUUUGGAAGUAGUGAAAUGGGCACGUGAAAAUGGUUGCCCUUGGAGUGGAUUCACUUGUGCAUAUGCUGCCAAUGGUGGGCAUUUGGAUAUGUUGAAAUGGGCCCGUGAACAUGGCUGUCCAUGGAAUGCCAGUACUUGUUCAUUUGCUGCUGGAAGUGGACACACAGAUGUUCUGGACUGGGCUCUUGCCAAUGGAUGUCCAGAUGAAGAGGAUGAAGAUUUUUAG